UACGUCAGCUACCAGUCCGACCUGGGCCCCUACCCCGGCGGGCGCUUCUACGCCAAGCCCCACCAGUGCGUGGCCAUCCCCGCCGACCUGCGGCUGUGCCACAGCGUGGGCUAUGACAAGAUGGUGCUGCCCAACCUGCUCGACCAUGAGACCAUGGCCGAGGUGAAGCACCAGGCCAGCAGCUGGGUGCCGCUGCUCAACAAGAACUGCCACAUGGGCACCCAGGUCUUCCUCUGCUCCCUCUUUGCGCCCGUCUGCCUGGACCGGCCGGUCUACCCCUGCCGCUGGCUCUGUGAGGCCGUGCGCAAGUGCGACCAGUUUCCCCAGGACGAUGUCUGCAUCGCCAUGACGGCCCCCAACGCCACCGAGGUCUCCAAGCCCAAAGUAACGACCGUGUGCCCCCCUUGUGACAAUGAGAUGAAGUCGGAGGCCAUCGUGGAGCACCUGUGUGCCAGCGAGUUUGGUAAGGAGGAGCUGGGGGCUUGGGAGGCUUCCCUGGGAGGUGCGGGGCAGCGCGACUCCCGUGCAG